CCAUCGCUGUCAGAACUCGGAAGAGUUCCAUAUAUUUGAACUUGGAGAAAUCAGAAACCCUUUGAAUCAACCUCUCACAAUGGCUCUUGUUAAUCAAUUUCUCCUUUGAGUUCUUGAAUUUCAUUUCCUCCUACUUUCCAAUUCCAUCCCUUUCAUUUCUUUCAGGGAAGAUUAAGUUCAGCACUUUAUAAAGGAAGCAUGAAGGGCCACGACACUAAGAUGCCGAGAAUGGAGGACAUUCUUAACCUUCCGGUGCAAGAUCCUCCUUUUUCAGAGUUUUCUGCUGCUCAUAUAAAGUGGGUAAAAGUUGAAGGUGGUCGUCAAGGUGGGGAUGAUAUUGCUCUAAUUCCUUUUGCUAGAGUGGAUGAUUUUGUGAAAGGAGAAUCACUCAAUGCAGAAUGCCCGGCUCGCUUCCGCAUUGAGUCAAGGAGGAAAAGAUCUGAAGGGAGCAUAAGUAAACCAAGGGUUGAUGGCUAUCUUGAAUAUACAUUAUACUGGUGUUCUUAUGGUCCUGAAGACUACCGGGAUAGUGAGUCCAGCAAUGCAGAUGGCUCAAACAUCAAACCUGCAACUGGGAAAGGGAGUAGGCCUGGGAGACGUCACAUGAUGAGAGGUUGCCUUUGCCAUUUUACUGUGAAGCGGUUGUAUACCCGCCCUCUCCUUGCGCUGAUUAUUUAUAAUCAAAGAAAUCAUGUAGACAAAACAGGGGCCCCAUGUCAUGGGUUGCUUGAUAGGGAUGCCUUAGGGACAAGAGCUAUGUAUGCUCCCCGAAUCUCGGAGGAUUUACGUCAAAAAGUGAUGUCUAUGCUUUAUGUUGGAAUAUCUUUGGACACUGUAAUUCAGCAUCACAUGGAAUUAGUGCAGGGACAUGGUGGCCCCCACAACCGUGAUGAUUUUCUCACUCGAAAUGAUGUUCGUAACAUGGAAAGAGUCAUUCGAAAUACUUCUCAUGAAUUACAUGCAGAUGAUUUAUGUAGUGUAAGAAUGUGGGUGCAGCGGCAUCAGAAGAAUGUUUUUUUCUUCCAAGAUUACUCUGUUUCAGAACCAUUUAUAUUGGGGAUACAGACAGAUUGGCAGCUGCAGCAGAUGCUUCAUUAUGGAAAUAAUGGUUUGAUAGCCUCCCAUUCAACUUUUGGCUUGAAAAAACUAAAGUAUCCCCUGUCCACUUUAGUCAUAUUUGACUUGUCCCAAAAUGCAAUUCCAGUUGCCUGGAUCAUUACUUCCUCUUUUGUUGGUCAAUAUAUCCAUAAAUGGAUUGGUCCCCUUGCUGAAAGAAUCCGAACCAAGGACCCCAGAUGGCGACUUAAUGCCUUCUUGGUGGAUGACCCUUCUUUUGAUAUUUCAACAAUAAGAGAGAAUUUUCAAUGUCGGGUCCUACUAUGUAUCUGGCAUGUUCGUCAUGCUUGGAUAAGAAACCUUCUAAAGAAAUGCCACAAUCUUGAUGUGCAACGAGAGAUGUUUAAGCACUUGGGCUGGAUUUUGUAUUCCUCUAGAAGCGGGCCAAAUGGUGUGGAGACAGUUGAAGAAUUCAUGCAAGUUUUUGUGGAUCAAUGUGCCUUCAUGGAUUAUUUUAAGAGCAGAUGGUUACCAUAUAUAGAUUUGUGGGUUACUAGUAUACGUUCCCUUCCAGUGGCCAGUCCAGAGCCCCUUGCUGCAAUUGAGUCAUAUCACCUUAGGUUGAAAUCCAUGCUCAUUAACGAGAGAAAUGCAAAUUUUUGGUCAAGAGUUGACUGGUUAAUCCACAUCUUGACCACUGAAUUUCACUCCUUAUAUUGGUUAGAUCAAUAUAGUAUGGAUACUGGUUAUUUUGUGAAUCUGAGGGAUGACUCUUUCUCAACAAACGCUUGGUAUCAGGCUCUGCAUAUCUCGGAUGCCAAUGUAAUAUUAGAUGAGCAAAAUCUCCAAUUUGCAAAAGUCAUUUCUCAAGCGGAUAGAACCAGGGAAUAUAUAAUUCAGAACCCUGGUUCAGAAUUCUCACUCUGUGAUUGCACCUGGUCAAGGCUGGGAAAUGUCUGCAAGCAUGUCAUCAAGUUGGCAAUUGUAUGUAAAAAUCGGCAGGUUGCAAGGCCAUUAUUGGCAGCUCAAGUUUAUAGGCAGACAUUGCUUAACCUUCUUCAGAACCCCCCAGAUGAUCCUCUAGUCCUUGAGCAUGCUAUUCUACAUGCAACACGCUUGCAGCAGGAUAUAAAAGGCUUGGAAGAAUUGUCUAACAGUGGGCUGCUCCAGCCAUUACCAUUUGAGGUGAACCCUCAAAUGGCAGUCAAUCUUCAGCUGUUCCCACGUCUUCAUUGAUUGGGCCAUUGAAAACGUGAUUAAAUAUCUCUUUGAACCAAAGCUUUUCUGCUUGUAGGACCAAAAUUUCCAAUGAGGUUCUCAAGUUAUGUUAUUGGAAUCAUUAGACCUGGAAAAGCCAAAAAAGUUUUGCAUUCUGAUAUCGGCUGCUCCAGGGUUUUUCACCUAAGAUGAACUCUCAAAUGGCCGACAAUCUAAUUUUUUGCUUCUUCAUUAAUUCAACCUCUGAAGGUGAUCAACUAUUUGUGCAGAGACUGCAGCUUUACUGCUUAUAGGACAAUGGUUUUUGGUGAGGUUGCAAAGUUACGUUUUUUAUCUGCCAACAUCUAACAUGAGAAUGAGUUAGAGUUUUGCACCUUCUUACCUAAGAAGCCAAAUAUUUUGUCAGGCAUGAAAUAUGGAAUCUCUGCAUAUGGAGUGAAUGGAAAAUGGAGGAUCCAUCAUACUCAUCUUUCUGAUGAUUUAUUUGGGACUUUGUUGAGGUAAUAAUAAAAUUUAAUCCUUUUUUCUUUAGACUAUAGAACCUAGAAAUUGAUUAUAAGUUUAUAAAACUUUGCGGACUUCAGGCUAUAUUGAGUCCAUAAAGCAUGGUUGCUAAUUUGAAAACCUUGCUAAGUAAGCAAAGUAGUUUUCCAAGAUAUAUAGUUUUUGACGUCGUAAAUAAUUUUUUUGCUACUGCUCAGACUAAGAUCAAAAUAUUAAGAGAUGUAUAUAUAAUCAAAUUGUAUUUUUGUAUUUGAAA